AUGUACCUUCUUUUCCGGUGCGGAAUCACAAUCGCCGAGUUCAACCAGUACAACUCAAAUCCAUCCGACUGCACCAAAAUCAACGGGCCCGUAUGUUGUUCAAAGGGUGCUCUGGCUAUCCCUCCCACAGAGCAAGAACUCGGCGAAUGCUAUGUUUAUACAGUCAGGGAUGGUGAUAACUGUGCGACUAUUGCCAAGGCAUAUGGAAUCACUGAGCAGGAUCUCAAUACGUUCAACAACCAGACGUAUGCAUGGAACGGGUGUGACAAGAUCUUGCCAAAUAGUUUCAUCUGCUUGAGUGGUGGCGAGCCCCCUAUGCCUGUAGCUCUUCCAAGGGCCCAGUGUGGACCCCAGGUACCUGGCACGGCUCGCCCAGCGAACAUGUCAGAGCUCAGAUCCCUCAAUCCAUGUCUCGCAGGGAAUUGUUACUGUGACUUGAAAUUCGGCAAUUGUGUCAAUUCUGUGCGUGGCUCCGACUGUCCAACUCCCAUUGCGGGGACGAAGGCUCCAAGUUCGAAAGCAACACCAGUCGGGGCUACUUCCUCGGCCUCCAAAGAGAAUACGAUUCGGGCGACAAGUGUUAAGCAAUCGACGACUUCAGUAAUUUCCACCUCCGCUAUAGCGAAUACAAGUAAGCCUACGACAAAAGCUACCAGUCAACCCACAGCUGAGACUAAUACUAGUCCUGUUGUGAACCAUGCCAGCUUCAGUACCACCCUCAAAAGCGAACCCAUCACUUCUCGAACCACUGCAACGGACAAGCAACUGACAUUCAGCACUUCUAGUUCACACGUCCCUACUGGCUCUGAACUGGAUAAUCUACCUAUCACAACUUAUGACCCGAAUCAGACUGCUAGGAAACGUGCUGUCCCGACCGGGAUGGCCAAAUCUGAAAUCACGCCACGCUCCUAUGACGAUGAUACUUGGGAUGUGGCUAUUUACAGCGACGAGAACUGUACUGGGGACUACUACUACUUGUUUGGCACCCAUGAAGACAAGUCUACGGAGUGUUUAGAUCUCCACGGCGGACUUUCAUCAAGCCCCUGGGAUGACUCUUGGUGUCGUUGGUACACUGAUGGCGGGGAAACGACAAGCCCUUGCGCAGAUUCAAGGCUCAAGAGCCCAAUGUCUUGGAGAAUCCGGAAUGCGGUUUGCAUGGUGUACGAUGGGAGGAAGUGCACCAGCGACAAUAGCAUCAGCGCGAAUGGAGUAUCCCAGUAUAGUAGCGUCGAUGAUGGGCCAGGCGAAUGUUUUAACCACCGCGAUAUUAUCCCCUGGCGAUCACUUCGCUGUAAUACUGUGGAUAGUAUGGAUAUUUAA